CCACAGUCUACUUUCCAUUGAGCACUAAAUAUCACUACGUCACGACUCGCCGACUAAGACACGGUCUUUCAACAAAGAACGAACAUCUGCUCUGGACAAUAUAAGCAGAAACAAUCCCUAGUACACAUCACAGAGUUGGAAAGAAGAAUCUCGGAACUACGACGCAUUCGAAAUAGCACCGCGACAACAUCGCCACAAUGCCGCUACCCGAGUUCCUGACGAACACGCCGCUCCACCCGACCUUCGACCGGGACAUCCGAGACACGCACCUGAUCUAUGAUUACGACGCCCAGGACGCCAACGGCAACCCAGAAAAGUGGCGUUACGAGCUGUGGUUCUUCUCUGAGAACAGGAUCAACUACGCAAUCCAUGGCGGGCCGAUGGCCGGCAGGGUAAACUACCAGACCUGCCAGUACCAGUGCAUACGCCCAGGCGAGAUCUGGCAGUGCUCAUGGCUCGAGGAAACCGGGACGGUCUGCUCUCUGGUGUAUGACAUCAAAAAUCAGAAGAUUUCGACUUUGAUCUCUUUCUCAAAGGGACACUGGGAGCACCCCGUGGAAGCGCACGGCGACAAGAGGACGCCGGAGGACUUUGAGCGCUGGAGGGGUCUCGCGAAGCUUGGUCACCAGGCGGAGAGGUUCAUGUUGUCUGAGCAGGCAGACAUCUUGGAGGCCUUCAAAGGCGCAGGAAACUUGUUGCCUAUCGAGCGGGAUGCUGUGACAUUAUGAGUAAAU